UCUCUCUCUCCUACGGCCCCUCAGCCGAGUUGCAGAGACAGCGGCAACACUCUCUCUCUACACUUACCUCCAGGCUUUGUUUUUUUCCUAGAGAGAGAAAGAGAUGCUGCUGAGCAACGCGAUCGUGUUGGCGAGGAUGGCGAGCAGGGUAGCGGGCGAAGGAGGGGGGGGAGGAGGCUUCUUGGUGGUGGACGCCGAGGACGUGCCGUUCUGGUCGUUCUGGUGGUUCGUGGACGCUGGUAUCUCCUGCCUCCUGGUGCUCUUCGCCGGGAUCAUGUCCGGCCUCACGCUCGGCCUCAUGUCACUCGGCCUCGUCGACCUCGAGAUCCUCCAGCGCAGCGGCACCUCCCUUGAGAAGAAGCAAGCCGCUGCUAUCUUUCCAGUUGUUCAGAAACAACACCAACUUCUUGUGACGCUGCUUCUGUGCAAUGCAGCCGCGAUGGAGGCUCUCCCAAUAUAUCUGGAUAAGAUUUUCCAUCCAUUUGUUGCAGUGGUCUUGUCCGUUACAUUCGUUUUAACUUUUGGGGAGAUCAUUCCACAGGCCAUCUGUUCAAGAUAUGGACUUGCUGUGGGUGCCAAUUUUGUAGGGCUUGUCCAUAUUCUGAUGAUAAUUUGCUAUCCAAUAGCUUAUCCAAUUGGGAAGAUCCUGGACUUUCUGCUUGGACAUAAUGAGUCUGCACUUUUCAGGCGUGCACAACUAAAAGCUCUUGUUUCUAUCCAUAGCAAAGAGGCUGGUAAAGGUGGGGAACUAACACAUGAUGAGGCAACAAUUAUUAGUGGUGCACUCGAUUUGACUGAAAAGACUGCAGAGGCGGCCAUGACCCCGAUAGAAUCAACUUUUUCUUUGGAUGUCAACUCAAAGCUGGAUUGGGAAGCGAUGGGAAAAAUCCUUGCUAGAGGACACAGUCGAAUUCCUGUAUACUCUGGAAACCCAAAAAAUAUUAUCGGGCUUCUCCUGGUGAAAAGUCUUUUAACUGUGCGUGCUGAGACAGAGACUCCUGUAAGUGCUGUCUCCAUUAGGAGAAUUCCAAGGGUGCCAGCAGAUAUGCCUCUGUAUGACAUUUUAAAUGAAUUUCAGAAAGGAAGCAGCCACAUGGCUGCAGUCAUUAAGACCAGAGCGAAGGCUAGAGAUCCUCCAACAAGUGGAGAUGGUGAGAAAACUCGUGAAAACAAAGUUAGCAGCACAGACUUUUCUCUUACUUCCUCAUUGCUGCAGAAGCAGGACGAGAAUUCAAAAUAUUUUAUUGAUGUGGAGAAAGGACAAGAUAUAUCACUCUUGCCGAAAAAGUGUUCUUAUGAGCAGGUUGACGUAGCAUUCAAUGUUGAAUCACAAUUUUCAACGAACAUUGAAGGUGGGGAAGUCAUUGGCAUCAUCACCCUGGAAGAUGUGUUUGAAGAACUUUUGCAGGAGGAGAUUGUGGAUGAGACAGAUGAAUUCAUUGAUGUGCACAAAAGGAUUCGUGUUGCAGCAGCAGCUGCUGCCUCAUCUAUUGCGCGGGCGCCAUCUUCACGGAAGCUAACUGCACAAAAGCCAGGACUCCAGAGUGUCCACAAUCGACAAGGUAACUCAAUCCAGGAGAAUCCUUCAGAUGAAGAUCCAAAUGCAGCUAAAUCUACAGAACCCAACUCAGUAAAACCCCAAGAAGGUCUCCUGGAGCCGCUUUUGGUCACAAAGGGUGACAGAUGAUAAAGUGUGGGGCUACUCAAAGGAAGCUCCGUCUCCUGAUGUCUACUACAUCUGACAAAUCGAGCUAACAGCGAUAUGGGCAUUAAAUAGGAUGGAGAUGGUCAUCAGGUACUGCAACCCAGUCUUGUAAAAAUGAACCCAAAGCUGAAUUCUUCCUCCCUUUUCCCCUCUCAUACUGUUAUACAUAUGUAGCUUUCUUACGGAGAAAAUGGUUUCUUACAUUUUGUUCUCUCUC